AGACAAAGAAAUCAAAUUGAUGGAGCUGACAUGCAGAUAUCAGUGCCAGACAUAGAUGUUGAUGUACCAAAGGUUAAAGCAGAGAUCCAUCUGCCAGAGGUUGAAGUCAAAAAGCCUUCAGGCAGUGGUGUGAUAGAGCAACAGCCAGGUGUUGAGGUUGAUCCAAAACUGAAAAAAACAAUGUUUAGCAGAAAUGAUGGGCAAGGAGGCAAGUUCAAAAUCCCAAAGUUUGGAAUCUCAAUGCCAAAAGUGAAAGGACCUGAAAUUGAUGUAAGCUUCUCAAGGAAAGAUGUAGACUUCACACCACCAGACGCCACAGCUGAAGUCAAUCUCCCUGAUGUUGAACUCAAAGAACCUUCUGCUAAAGUGGAAAUUAAAGCUCCUGAGAUUAAAGCUCAAGUAAGCAGUGUAAAAGGAUCACCAUCAAAAUUUCAAUUGCCAACAUUUAAAUUUCCCAAAUUUGGAGCUACUACUUCAAAUGUCAGCACUGAACUACCUGAUAUAGACAAAGAAAUCAAAAUUGAUGGAGCUGACAUGCAGAUAUCUGUGCCAGACAUAGAUGUUGAUGUACAAAGGUUAAAGCAGAGAUCCAUCUGCCAGAGGUUGAAGUCAAAAAUCCUUCAGACAGUGGUGUGAUAGAGCAAAC